AUGAAGCUGAAAAACCUAGGAUUUUUGUUGUUCCUCGUAUCUUGGACGCUACUAGCCCAGUGUCGCACGGACGCCGGCAGCAUACCACGGCGACUGAAGGCUACAAAGCCGUCGUUGGACCUUGUGGUUGGCCGGGGACCGACAAAUAUCCGCACCAUUACCGAAGCUAUCGCGAUAGCGGCUCAGGAGAGGACAAGCGACAAGAGGUAUGUAAUAAAAGUAAAAGCGGGAGUUUACAACGAGAAUGUCAUUAUCAACGACAGACUUCCGAAUCUCACGCUACUCGGAGAUGGAAAGGGGAGGACUAUUAUCACCGGCGAGCUUAGUGUUGGUGGCAGUAACUUAACCACCUUCAAUACUGCAACUGUUGGUGUUGACGCUGACGGGUUUAUAGCUCGCGGCAUUACAUUCCGGAACACCGCCAGUGCGGAGGCGAAGCAGGCGGUGGCGCUGCGGGUGACCGGCGACAGGGCCGCCUUCUACGGCUGUUCAUUCGAGGGAUACCAAGACACACUCUACGUCCACGCCGGCCGGCAAUUCUACAAGAAAUGCGACAUCUACGGCGCAGUUGAUUUCAUCUGCGGAAACGCCAUGGCCGUCUUCCAAGACUGCAACAUAUACGUAAGACAAACAAACAACAUCCAGGCAGUAAUCACAGCCUCAAAGCGCGAAAACCCAGAUGACCCAACAGGAAUCAUAAUCCAGAGAUCGCGUAUCGCCGCAGCUCCGGGCGCAAACCUGGAAGGGAUCAGAGUAUACCUGGGAAGACCGUGGAGAGAGUAUGCAAGAACAAUUAUCAUGGAAUCAGACAUCGAAUCUUUGAUAGAUCCAGAAGGGUGGCUAUGGUGGGAUGGAAAGGAUGAAUCUUUAAAGAAUAACAUAUACUAUGCAGAGUUUGAAAACACCGGCGCCGGCUCUUCCACCGCCGGUAGGGUGAAUUGGAAUAGUGUGCACCAAGUGAUUACACCACAAGAAGCUGAACAGUUCACUGUGGAUAAGUUUAUUGAUGGCAAUUCAUGGCUGCCAUCUACCAAUGUGCCAUUCAGUUCUGGCCUCUGA